GUUUCAAAUCAUGCUUUUAGUCUGGUGACACAUAAUGGGCCAGUGUUGUUGUCAGUGAAGUUUGUACUUCCCCUGGAUGGGCUUUUUUGCGUGCUGACUCAUGAAUUGGAGCCGUGUGAGAAGAGCGCACGCAGCGCAUACAGGGCAGGGCAGCGCAAUGGCGGCGCGAGCCCAGCAGCAAGCAGACAUCUGGCUUGGAUUGAUUUCUUUUGUCGCUGCAGCUGCCACUUAUCUCUUUCCUUCUUGCUUUUGGGAGACUCGUCGACUCAGGGAGAGGAAAUUCCACUGGAGCUCUCCACUUGCAAGUGGGCUUGGUGUCGGAGCAGAUCCCAUACGAGGGCUGACCCACUUUACUUUCAUAACAAGUGGACCAUGCAUUUGCCACCUCGCUCUUCUAUCAUUCCGCUAUGAGAGAGACUCUGAAACGGUCAUUUGAAGUGGAGGAAACGGAUUCAUCCACGCACCACUCGCCUCUGUCCCGUCGCACCGCCAACAAUCCCCUCCGCUCAUCGCUCUCCUCCACGUCCAGCCAAAGGAGUUAUGACCUUAGUUCCCGCAACUCUGACUACUACGCCCCCAAAUCAUCUCCCUCCGCCGACGCCUCCAAUCCACGCUCCCCCAAAACGGGCAUGAGGCGUACGGAGUUAUCGGGGGCCCGCAACCCCGACGCGGCGGCGGCGGCGGCGUCUUCUCGCCGCACGGAAAUCUCCAUCGAGGUCUCCUCCAAGCAGAUCGACAACUCGCCCAGUGCCGGCAUCACUCGUUUUGGCCUCAGGCGACCCGAGGCGAGCCUGGGCAGUCGGAGCGCCCCGCCUGACGGUUCCCCCAAUCCCGUCUCCGGUUCCACGAGCAGACGAGCCAACGAGCCACCCGCGCCUCCCAGGAGGGUGGACUCCCAGCCCUCGUCCGUCGCGCCGGUCUCUCGGAUCCCCGAGCCGCUUCAGAGAAGAGCGGAGCAGCAGCAGCAGCAGCAGCAGCCGUCGUCCACCUUGGGCGCGGUGGAGGUGACCCGGAGGCCUGAGAUUCCCAGCUUCAGACAAGCGGACGCAGGAGUGGAGAACAACAACCACCUGCCACCUCCUGCGCCCAGUGCGCCUCUGCCCUGCCUGGCUGACGGCAGCAGGAGCAGGGUGGACUGGCUGCCAGACACCCCCAUGACGACUCCACCUACGGAGCGCUCAGAGGUGAUUGGCAGCUACACCAGCACCAGCACCAGCAGCAGCAGCAGCAUCAGCAGCAGCGCCAUGACCGACACGGCGGUACCUGACGCCACGGUGGCGGCAGCGUACAGCGACAGAGCACCCACGGGCCCUGUGGUGGACUUCACUUACGUGGGGAUUGACGCCAUCUUGGAGCAGAUGAGGAGGAAGGCCAUGAAGCAAGGCUUUGAGCUCAACAUCAUGGUUGUAGGACAAAGUGGCCUGGGCAAGUCUACUCUGAUGAACACGCUGUUCAAGUCCAAAGUCAGCCGCAAGUCUGUGACGGCCACCGCCCAGGAGAAGAUCCCCAAGACCAUCGAAAUCAAAUCCAUCAGUCACGACAUCGAGGAGAAGGGAGUGAGAAUGAAGCUGACGGUUAUUGACACACCUGGCUUUGGAGAUCAGAUCAACAAUGAGAACUGCUGGCAGCCCAUCAUGAGAUUUAUUAACGACCAGUACGAGGCAUAUCUGCAGGAGGAGAUAAACAUCAACAGGAAGAAGAGGAUCCCGGACUCCAGAGUCCACUGUUGCAUAUACUUCAUCCCGCCUACUGGACACUGUCUGCGGCCUCUGGACGUGGAGUUCAUGAGGCGUCUCAGUAAGGUGGUCAACAUCGUUCCGGUGAUUGCCAAAGCGGAUACGCUCACCUUAGAGGAGCGGGACUUCUUUAAAAAGAAGAUCAGGGAAGAGCUGCGAGCCAACGGGAUCGACAUCUACCCUCAGAAAGAGUUUGACGAGGACACCGAGGACCGAACGAUCAACGAGAAGAUCAGGGAGAUGAUUCCGUUUGCCGUCGUGGGCAGCGAUCAAGAAUACCAAGUCAACGGCAGGAGGUUGCUGGGGAGGAAGACCAAGUGGGGAACCAUUGAAGUGGAAAACAUAGCCCACUGCGAGUUUGCCUAUUUGCGGGAUCUACUCAUCAGAACCCACAUGCAGAACAUUAAGGACAUCACCAGCAGCAUCCACUACGAAGUGUACCGCGUGAGGCGCCUCAACGAGAACAACACGGCCAUGACUCACAGCAACGGCGUGCCCGACCGUCACCUCACCGCCCACGAGAUCUAGAACCCACCCGAUCCGAGACUCAAGUCCCUAAUUUGCCCCUUCCCGUACAGAAACAAGCCAGCCUGCCGAGAGUGGCUGUCGUUUGCUUGCGGUGACUUUUUCUUACAGUGGUGGACAACAAGAGUGAGACAAUCUUUUUUUUCUUUUUCCUACCCGCAGUUGCUGCAACUUUUACUUUUUUUGUAACACCAACAAUCCUUAUGGAUUCACUCCAAGUGCCAAAAAGGAGCCGACACUCCAAACUAAUCAUCCACCUUUUUAUCUUUCCCGCGUGUCUCGUAAGGUGGUCUUUGGGUGCACGAAAAAAAGGGCACAUAUGUCUGCAUUGCGCUCAUUUCCUGCCACAAAAUGCCUUUGUGCUUUGGUUACACGUGGCUGGCUUCCUGUUAAACAUGGACCUUGGUGUCGUUUGAAUUCGGACUUCAAAGUGCCACUCUGGGAAAAAUAUCCAAUAAGAGUGACUACGUAUUUAUGCACCCACCAUGUCAAAUGUGAAUACUGUUGGUCCAUUUCUUCACAUCGUUUCCAAAACAGUCGUGCGAGGCUCAGUCGACGGAGGAUGUUUAGGAUGCAGCGUUGGCUGCAUUUAAACACGCUCCCAUUGGUCUUAAACACGUCAAGCCCAUUUGAGUCGAUAUAGCGAGCGGCUAUGCCACUUUCAUUCUUGCUUCCUGCUGUCAUAUUCUUGUGUAUUCUUUGUUUGUUUUUUUUACCUGUAUUAUUGAUAACAAAGUGUCCUUUAUCUUAUUUUAAGAAAUAAAGAUUGUUGUAAUUAUG